UCGCUUUGGAAGGAGAAGCUGCACUGGGCACUGCGCAGCAGCAGUUUGUAAUGUGCCAACCACAGACCAGGGACGGUCCCGAGCAGCAGGAUUCGACCCUUCGCGGAGCAGUGCCCAGCCCAAAGACACCGUGCCUUGGGGUCAGGGAGCUGGGGAGCGAUGCAGCCCGGCCGGGGGGUUCCCAGGAGAUGCAGGGGACAGCGGAUGCAGAGCCAGGUCUGAUCGUCCCUCCACGCCUGCCCUGAUCUCCCACCGCAAUUCCCACCCUUUCCUGGGACAGCCAUGGAGCGUGGAACCUUUCUCCUCCUCGUCUCCACGUGCUUCCUCUGCCGAGCCCAAGGACCCUCGGAGUGCCAGGAACGACCUGUGUCUGUGGGUGGAACGCUGCAGCUGCAGCCGGAGAAACCCCCGGAGCGGUGGAUAAAGCUCACAUGGAGAGUGAGAUCGGAUGGAGGAGACCAGCACUGGAUCCUGAGGGCUGAGAAGAAUAAAUCUGUCCAAUACUCCAGGGUUCCUGUUUCUGGGAGAGCUGGUUUCCAGGAGGAGACCGUCUCCCUGUGCAUCAGCCUGGUUCGCCCGGCAGACAGUGGGGUCUAUUGGGCAGAAUUUGAGGACACAUCAGGUUCUGUUACUCAUCAAUGCUUCUGGGUGUCGGUGUGGGAUCCCGUCGGCCAGCCGCGCCUGGAGGCACACAUCCUGCACCAGGAGCAGAGCUGGUGCAACCUCUCACUGCACUGCACCAUGCCCAACACCGGCAACGUCUCCUACAAUUGGUCCUGCACCGGGGAUCCCCCGGCAGCCCUGGGGCACCAGCCCCGGCUGCAGCUGCAGGUCCGUGGGGACACUGACCCCACCGUCUGCUGCUGCAACGUGAGCAACCUGGUGAGCUGGAGCAUGGCCAGCACCGAUGUCGUGGCCGCCUGCCACUCUGCAGCCUCAGGUCUGAGUCUCUGCUGCGGCACCAAGCUGCUGAAGGGGCUGGUGGGACAGUCCCUGUCCUUCCCGGCCCUGCACCUCAUGUCUGCGGACGUCGCGCGGGUCACCUGGAGAUCCCGGGGGACCCACAUCGCCGAGGCGAAGCCCAGGGAGAAGAUAUUCACCGUCGACUACCUGCCGGACUUCCGUGGCCGGCUGCUCAUCCACCCCACCAACCUCUCGCUGGAGAUCAGACGGCUGAACCUGGCAGACAGCGGGAGGUACAAGGUGGUCGUGGACACCUUGUCUGACCCCACCAACCCAAAGACCUUUCACUAUUUUUUGCUGGUUCACGAUGGCUCUUCUGAGAUGGCAACCGGGACCGAUGAUGCGGGAGGACGCAGCGGGAGCACCGCGGGACCCUGGGGAGUGACCGAGUCCCGUGCUGGGGACGCCGCGACGCCGGGCGCAGGACGGAGUCAGAGGGGUUCCCCCAAAUCUGUGAGCGCUCCCCCCCAGCACCCCGGACACCCCAAGCAUCUCGGCAGCAGCCCUGAGCUCGUUACCUGUGCUUUAUUGCCUGCAGGCUACGGCACGCUGCGCCGGCCAUAUGUUUUAUUGCCAUUAUAAUCAUCGCCCAGCGAGCGCGUGUCUCCGUCUCCCCCACCAAGCCUAAAUCCUCCCCGCCAGCAGCCCGGGGUCGCUCUCGAUGUCUCAAACACGCCGAGAACCGUAUUUCUACCAGGUCCUGGGUGUAAUUAAAGCAUCGCCCAAGGAGGGUUACGGCCGCGACCCCAACACAGAGUCAAAGCACGAAGUCACGAGCCCCGGGAGGGGACUUCUCCGGCUGUGCCAUCCCUCUCCCCGCCACCGGCACGCGGGAAUUGCAGCCGCUUU